GUUUUCCCUCUCCUCUGGCCAGCCCUUUGCCCUCCUUAUCUGUGAGCAAACAGUUUCCUGGUCUGGCUCCUCCGCACGGCAGCAGCAGCAGCCUCCUCCUCCGCUUCCGCCGCCGCACCUGCGCCCGUCCCGUCUCCCCCUGGGGCCUCGUCUCCCACCAUGUGCACCGGCAAGUGCGCCCGCCUGGUGGGCCUCAGCCUGGUGACCGCCGGCCUGGCCUGCAUUGUGGCCAACAUCCUCCUGAUGUUCCCCAACAUGCAGCGGGACUGGACCCCCCAGAACAUCACCACCCAAGUGUGGCUCAUGGGGGGCCUCGUCGGCGGGGGGCUGAUGGUGAGUGCCAGGGCUGGUGGGUGGGGCUAGAUGACCCUCAGGGGCCCCUUCCAACUCCCCAGUUCUGUGAUUCCAAGGGAGGGGGUGGGUUCUCCUCCACUGGAGGCGUUUAAGCAGUGCUUGGGUGGCUGCCUGCCAGGGGUUCAUUAGCUGAGAUUCCUGCAUUGCUGGGGGUUGGGCUAGAUGACCCUGAGGGUGCCCUCCAUCCCUAUGAUUCUCAGGACUUGGCACCAGGAAGAGCCUCGGUGGUGGGAGAGCUUCCUCCUGCCUUGCGCAGCCUGGCUCACUUCCUCGAGUUGUCUGCCCAGGGACAUCUCUGGUACCAACCACAGUUCCCCCCCUAGCAUGGCCUGGUUGCAUUGGAUGCUCAGGAGCAGAGCAACUCUGGCAGGGCCGGAUUGAGGUUUGAUGAGGCCCUCAGCUCCUGAAGGGAACGGGGCCCAUUAUAUGUCCAGCUGUCCUUUGGCAACAACAAAUUGCCGCUUCUUUUGUGUUGAAUAUAUGCUAUAUGGCAAUUUAUGGACCUAAUUAGGUAUCUAAAACACUGUUGCUGUAUGUAGGUUUUUACAGUGGUACUUCGGGUUACAGACGCUUCAGGUUACAGACUCUGCUAACCCAGAAAUAGUACCUUGGGUUAAGAACUUUGCUUCAGGAUAAGAACAGAAAUCAUGCUCCGACGGUGCGGCGGCAGCAGGAGGCCCCAUUAGCUAAGUGGUGCUUCAGGUUAAGAACAGUUUCAGGUUAAGAACAGACCUCCAGAACGAGAUGAAGUUCUUAACCUGAAGCACCACUCUAUUUUAUUUGUUUUUUGUCUUAUAUUUUGGAAAUGUACAUCCAGUUUCUUUUUCCUUUACAUUUUUUUGGGGCCCCCAAGAGAGUGCGGCCCUAAGCUAUCGCUUGUUUCGCUCAUACAUAAAUCCGACACUGGUAUGGGGUGGUUGACAGCCCUGACCCACAGCAGGACUCCGGCUGUCUCUCCUGGCAACGGGGUGCCAAGCGCAUUCCCCAAGGGAUUGGGGGUGCCAUUGGAGAACCCAGAGGAACCCCAUCACCCGGUCUGGCCCCCUACCCCAGCCCUUUCUUCCCACAGGCAGCCUCGGUUUCUCUCAUGGUGAACUUUGUGCAAACCUCCUGCCCCCCCCCCCUCUGUGGGAGAUAGCAGGGCCCUUAUCUGCAAAGGAGACAGCUGGCAUGGAGUGGGGGGUCAAUAAAACAAGGUGAUCUCUGCCCCCCGAAAGGGGAAAUGACGCGCAUCAUGGGAGAAGGCAGGAGUGGCAAAGGUUUGCUGGAGGGACCUGAUGGGGGGGGUCACCGCUCUUGCCAGGGUGUGUGUGUGUGUGCCACUGCCCAUGUUUGGGGGGGGCACCUUCAGAUCCACCUGCCUUUUCUGUCAAAUGACAGGUGUGUGCUUCUGGCAUUCUGCAGCCUGAGAGCUGCUCAGGUAAAGGCAGGUCCUGAGUUCGAGAAGCCCAGCCCAGUGGCAUCAGGUGGGGAGGGCCAGGGGGGCAGUGGCAAGAAGCGAGGUUACAGGGAACCAGGCAGAGGGGCUUCUCAGUGGUGGCACGCUUCCUUGUGGAACGCCCCCCCUCAGAUGUCAAGGAAAGAAACUGCUAUCUGACUUUUAGAAGACAACAGAAGGCAGCCCUGUUUAGGGAAGUUUUUAAUGUUUGAUGUUCCAUUCUGUUUUUAUAUCUGCUGGAAGCCGCCCAAAUCUUCUGGGGAAACCCAUCAGAUUGUUGUCAUUGUUCUUAAUGGUGUGGGCAGCCAGGUCAAUCCAGGGGCCACCUUGGAGGAGUUAACCUCUGGAACUCACUGCUGCAGGAAUGAGUGGCCGCCACCCACUUGGAUCUCCUAAAAAGAAGGUUGGGCAAGUUCAUGGAGGGGGCUAUCCAUGGCUACUGCCCGCGAAAUAAUGCUUCCGAAUCCCAGUUCCUGGUAGCCACAUGAGUGGGGAGUUGCUCUUGUGCUUGGAUCCCGCUUGCAGGUUUCCCGUCGAGGAGCAUGCUGGGGCAGGUGAGCCCCUUAUGUCCUGAGAUCAGGAGUCCUGUUUGCUGGGUUUCCCCUUUCAGCCACGGCGGGAGCAGGAUUCUGGACAAGCCGGCCUCCUCCAGCCUCCGGCCUCUUCUUACGUCCUUGUGGAGCUUCCUGAGCCAGAGGCAGUCUAUCUGGCUUCCUAGGUUCUCUGGGGCACUUGGCUGCUGUGAGGACAGGAGGCUGAAUCUGGGAGUGUGUGUGUGGGGGGUCUUCCUUGGGUCUGAUCCAGCAACUCUCUGACCUCCCCCUCCUCCCUUUCCGCCUCCCCCAGGUCCUCUGCACCGGGUGCUCUGCCGUGAGGGCCGGAGGGAAAGGCUGCUGCGGAUACGGAUGCUGCGGGAACAGGUGCCAGGUGCGGAUCUUGGGGCCCUCCUCCCCGUCUCUUCCUCUGCCUCGUCUGCCAGGGGGCUCAGCACUCUCUCAGCCCCUUGAGCCGCCACCUGCAAGGCGCCUGCUAGAGGCAGCCAGGUCUCUGGAACUACAGUUCCCAGACAGCCAGCACUUCCUGCUAGGGGCUAGUGGGAACUGUAGUGCCCCCCCCCCAAAUAAUAAUUGGUGAACACUCAGUCGGUAGAGCAUGAGACAGGAUUUUGGGUUUGAGCCCCAUGUUGAGCAAAAGAUUCCUGCACUGAAGUGGGUUGGGAUGGAUGAUCCCUGGGGUCCCUUCCCAACUCUACAUUCCUGUGAUUCUAUGGAAACCUCUGGAGGACUCCAGGUUGGCAGAGGCUGCAUUGCUGGAAGGGCCUGGCAGGGUGUGUGUGUGUGUGUGUGUGUGUGUAUUCCUGUGCUGCAGGGGUUAGGCUAGAUGACCCUCAGGAAUCCCUUCCAACUCUGCAGUUAUAAUAUUCUAAACAGGGACAGGUUUCUCUGCCUUUAUUUUGUGUGUGUGUGUGUGAAAGUGAGAACAAGUUACCAACUCAGCUGAGGCUGGGCCUCAUCUUUGGGGCUGGGGGCUGGAGGGUGUUUUCAUUCCUGGCCCUCAGCCCCAAACAUUCCCCCUUUUUUAAAAAAAACCAUUAAUCUGAUCCAGGCCUAGAACGGGUGAGCUGCCCCUUUGUGAAUAUGGGCACCUUGCACCCUGAACCCUUUAUUCCUAUUCUCAGCUCUGGCAAAGGAGGGGGAAUCAAGUAGGUCACAAACUGUUGCUUAUUUUGUCUGCCCUGGAGGACUCCCCCCCCCCCCCAGUUCCACACAAACACACACUUUUGGGUUCCUCUCCCCACCCGGCCCAGUAGUGAGGCAAUGGCACUCUGCCCAGGCACAGAGGCAUAUGCAUCGCCAGGACUCAUUUGCACGGCCCGCAAGUAGCAACACAGAGAUCCUCUACACAUGCCCCCCAUGAUGUUUUCGCAGACAGAGCCUGGGGGUUUGGUAGAGGUUUGGAGGCGCAGAGUCCUGUUUCUAGGGAGGGAGACUGGGAGCUCCCACCUUGUCCCACCGAGGGGAGAGAAGGGGGGGCUUCCUAUGGAGUCUGUGCCAAGAGGGCUCUGGGCUGGAGUCCUGAGAGCAGAAGAGGGGCUGGGCAAGUGGGGCGUGUGUUGGGCGGCACCAGCCCCCCCUCACCUUCUCCUCCCCCACAGAUGCUGCGCUCCGUCUUCUGCUCCAUCUUUGGGGGGCUGGGGGGCUUCUACUGCUUGGUGGUGUCGUCCACUGCGCUGGCCGAGGGACCCUGGUGUGAGGUGAAGGACGGGACGUGGGGGUCACCCUUCAAGGACCUCAGGUGAGGAGCUGGGGGGGUGCAGUAGAGAGGGAGGGACAGCCCCCCACCCCCUGGGAGACAAAUGCUUCUGAAUCCCAGUUGCUGGAAACCUCAGGAGGGCAGGAAGCACUCCUGCGCUCGGAUCCUGGUCGUGGGUGGGACAGAUCCAGGUUUGGAGAGACCUGCCUUCAAAUCUCUGCACGUGGCCAGGAAGCUCUGUGGUCAGGGCCGGAUUUACGUACAAGCUAAACAAGCUAUAGCUUAGGGCCCCACUCUCUUGGGCGCCCCCCCAAAUAUACUUCUUCUUAAUUGUAUUUCACUAUGAAUAUACUUCUUCUCAAUUGUAUUUCACUAUUAAUAUACCGUACUUCUUCUUAGUAAUACAGUGGUACCUCGGGUUACAGAUGCUUCAUGUUACAGACUCCACUAACCUAGAAAUAGUACCUCGGGUUAAGAACUUUGCUUCAGGAUGAGAACAGAAAUCAUGCUCUGGCGGUGCGGCAGCAGCAGGAGGCCCCAUUAGCUAAUGUGGUGCUUCAGGUUAAGAACAGUUUCAGGUUAAGAACAGACCUCUGGAACGAAUUAAGUACUUAACCCGAGGUACCACUGUAUUUCAGUUCAACAAUUACUUUGAUAAAAUACACAUUAUGCUAUGUGCAAAUGGCUUUAAAUACCUAUUAGGUCUGUAAAUUGCCAUAUAGCAUAUAUUCAACACAAAAAGCAGUGACAAUUUCUUGUUGACAAAGGACAGCUGGACAUAGAAAGGGUCCCAUGACCUUCAGGAGCUGAGGGCCUCUUCAAACCUCAAUCCGGCCCUGGCUGUGGGUAUGACCGCCUCUCAGCCUAGGAUAUCUGGCAGGGCUUGGAGGGAGACCCCGGGUCAUCCAGCCCAACCCCCUGCAAUGCAGCAAUCACAACUGAAGCGUCCCUGGCAGAGGACCAUCCAACCUCUGCUUAAAAACCUCCGAAGAAGUUGGAAGACACCCACGUGGGCCAUCUUCCUUGAGCUCCGUGGAGAAAGGGCGGUCAAUGUCCCCCCCCCCCCCCAAGGACCCCCUCCAGCGCCCCCACUGAUGGCGCCUGUCUCCCCGCAGUGAGAGCUACCUGGGCAACCGGACGCUGUGGGAGGAGUGCCUGAACCCCCCCAACGUGGUGAUGUGGCACGUGGUGCUCUUCGCCAUCCUGCUGGGCCUGGGGCUGGUGGAGCUGGCGCUGUGCGGACUUCAGGUGGUCAAUGGGCUGGUGGGCACCGUGUGCGGAGACUGCCGCAAAGCCGAGGACCGAGCGGUAGGGGGCCUGAGAAAUGGGGGAGCGGGGGGCGGGGGCGGCGGGAAGGAGGGUCAGUGCCCCCUGCCCGGCAAAGCAGGCUCACCCGCGGGGGUCGCAGCCUCUCUUGGCCCCCAGGUCGGGCGCUAAGUCCAGGUGCUACAAGCCACGGCCGCUGCCAGCCCGCUGCUUCACUGGCCAAUUUCUCUCUCUUAUUUUCCCGCAGGGCGACGGGGGCCUUUGAGGGACCCGGCUGGGCUGGACCCCCACCCGCAACGCCCACACUCCGUCCAAGCGCGCCCCCCCGCAACCCGUCCCCACCCACUUCUCAUCUCUACGGUUUGCAAAAGUCGGAAUAAACCAUCUCUCUCCCCCUUGUUGA